CCUUCUCGAUGUAUACGUACACUAUUCGGGCCCCACACACGUACACAAGAAUAUGCACCGUUCCCGUGUCUCCGUCGAUCCAUCGCCCCGCAAGUUGUCUCACGUCUAUCGCAGCCGCACAUGCAGGCAUACACAAGUUCGCCACUUUGUAGGUCUCGCACCAAAAAUGUGGGUCCAGGAAGUAGGAUAAUGUACAAUACACCACAUUCGACGAGUCAUCUGGGUACUCGACUGAAUGAGUACGUCGAGUGCAUCGUGGACCAAGAAUAUUACAAUCAGUCAGUCAGCGGCACACACAUCUCACGCACUGCACCCAGCCGCACUCACCCAAGCCCUGACCGACACCAUCCAUCCAUCCAUCCACCACCAACCGACCUCCCGCCCCCGACAAGCACCACCACCACCACCACCCGACUGUUUCGGUCAACAAGAACACCGCCGACGCAAACAAGCAGACAGACGGGGAGAGAACAGCGACACAGCACACCCAGGCACACAACGCCAAAAAAGAAAGGCCGCACAUCGACAGAACGUAAUGAACACAAACGAUAGGGAGUCCGCACCAUACGGAGGGACGAAAAAAAAAAGGACAAAGCAGUGUCCGCACCAUACGGAGGGACGGAGGGACGAAAAAAAAAAGGACAAAGCAGUGUCCGCACCAUACGGAGGGACGAAAAAAAUGGGACAAAGCAGUGUCCGCACCACAGGGAAGGACAAAAAGAAUAGGAAAAAGCAGUGUCACCACCAUACGGAGGGACAAAAAGAAAAGGAGAAAGGAGAAGAAAAGGCAACGGGUAGGGCUGCUGACUCAAAAGCAAUACAAUACAAUACAAUACAAUAAUUAACUAACUAACGUACAUCCAUACCACGGACAAAAACAAAAAAGAAACAGCCAUCCUCCCCCGUCUGUCUACAUAUGGGGCGCGGGGGCCUCUUCUCGUGGUGGUGGUGGGUGGUGGGUGCGGUGCUUCUCGUCGCGGGCUGGCCGAUGGCCGAACGAUUUGAUCAUCCAGCCCAUCGUCGCUGUCCUCAUCGUCAGCAUCGCCAUCGCUGAUAACAUACGACACGUCCAGCACGUCUCGCUUGGUGUCAAAUGCGUGAUAGAAAGGCCUGAGACGCAUCAGCAGGUCCUCCUCCGUCGGUGUCAUGUGCUGCGGCGGGAAGGUGUCCGUGUCGGGUGCCCGCGGGAAGGGGUGAAAGCGAGAUGGGAACGGCAGCGGAGGACGCAGACGGCUGCGACCUGUGGCAGACAGAAAAGACGCACACACAUAUACACACAUAAAUGCAGAAAAGACCAGUUGGGUGGGUGUGCCUCUUCUUCUCUUCUGACCAGGUGCCGUGAGUGCUCAGGUGACAGGUGGGUGGUCGUCCCUCGGGAAUGGGAGGGGCGUCGACUCACGGUCGGCGCGGCCCACCACCACUGUCUCGAAUCUCGAUGUGACCAAAGACCGCUGCCGACGCGGCUUUGGCUUGCGGCUACGCAACAUACACCUGAAUGCAUCAGUCCAUCCAUCCAUUUAUGUGUCAGACCAGAUCAGUGAAAGCAUAGUAGGUGUCUCCGUUCUUGUCUCACCUGUCUCUCAGUUUGGUGUCGACUUGAGCCACGGUGGCCGGGCGAGUAACGGCAUCAUGCCUCUUCUUGCCCCCUGUUCGUCGAGAAAAUGAGUUCACAUCCUGGAAACGACACACACGGACGACCUGUGCGCGUGUGUGAAAGAAUCCGACAGCCAAAGAUGCCUUUACUCACCCUGUCGACGUCUGACGGCGCUAUCCUUGGCGUGAGAGGCCGUCCACGCACACUGAGCGGCACGUCCGCAUCAUCGCCAGCCUUGCGCUCUUCCGAUUCCGGAACUCUCCCUUUCUUCGUCUCAAAGGUCGUGUCCUCACCAACCCGCUGCCCCGUGUGCGUGUCGGUCGGUGCGCUGGCCUCCUUCUCGUCCUCCUCUUGGGUGUCUUCCUGCCAGCCCCUCGUCCGCACGCUCUCAAGCAAAGUUGGCGUCGGACACACCUGCGGCAAGGGCGUGGGGGGCAUGUGUC